AUGGACUCGACGCGAGACACCGUGGCCAAUGUCAUCUUGACAGUUGUACGUAACCUGGAGGACCAACACGACUGGACAGACCUCGAGAUCCGCGACACGCUGGGCAAUCGUCCAUUGAUACGAGGCCUGCCGCCCCGACGCCUCUACACACACCCGGACGACCAGGUUGCCGCCCUGAAUCACGAGCACAAAACGGGAGAGCGCCUCUUCCAGGACCCGGAGCACGAAUGGGUCUUGGCUGUCCGGCUCUCUGAGAAGUGGACAGUGGGGAGAUUUGCGGAGGUUUUCGACUCGAUUGACGAGGCGGGGCCCCGGAGCAAGCGCAUCGUCUUGGCAACGGUUCAUAACGACUCUACUAUUGUCUACUAUCUCAUGCAUGAGGGCAUGGUGAAACCCCGCCAAAACUGA